AUGGAAGCAAGGCAGAUAAUCAACCUGGCUCAUCCAACAGUCAUCUCGGCGACUGCAAGCCGACCACACUGUACACCAUUUACGCUUCCUUCAAACGGGGUACUGACUUUGGGAUUGUCCGAGGUCAUCACUCUCACAUCGGACGCGGUCUUCAGCCCAGAAUGCACAGGCACUUCGGGCGAUAUUAUUAUCACAAAUACGGACCCAUCCUCUCCCUCGACGCUAUUCGACCUCCGCGAUCCCUUCUAUGCUUCGACCAUACCCGAGUGCUACGCGCUGGCGUCAGCGACGGUAAUUGCCUACAUGCUCGUGAUCAUGCUCUUCAUCACACCGCGCACAUUCUUGCAUGAUGGAAUUGUAGUCCUGGGCCGGCGGGGCUUCACGAAUGGUCCAUCUGGGAGCGAUGCCGGAAUUGGAAUUGGGGGACGGCCUUGGUUGCAAAAGGUGGCGGCGAUGACUGUGGCAAUAUCGCUCACCAUUGCUACGGCGGAUACAUUUCGAGUCGCCGAACGCCAGUAUAAUAUGGGAAUCAUGGAUGCGGGGGCAUUGCAAUUAGAAGUAGAGGAUGGCACUGAACUCAAGGUUAUCCGGGUGAUAUCAGAUACCUUUCUCUGGCUAGCUCAAGCGCAGACCCUGAUACGAUUAUUUCCCCGCCAAAGAGAGAAGAUUAUCAUCAAGUGGACUGCCUUUGCGCUCAUUUCACUCGACGUAUUGUUCAGCAUCCUCAACACCUGGGUUUACAAUGGGAACUCGCGGCCCCGCAGCUUCGUGGAUGCGGUUCCUGCUUUGGCUUAUUUGUUUCAGCUUGCCCUAAGCCUUCUUUACUCUGCUUGGGUCAUAUAUUAUUCUAUUACAAAGAGACGAUACGCUUUCUAUCAUUCAGAGAUGAAGAACAUCUGUCUUGUAGCAUUGCUAUCGUUGGUAGCAGUGCUAGUCCCGACAGUCUUUUUUGUACUGGACAUCUCAAAACCAACCCUGGCAGGCUGGGGCGAUUAUGUACGAUGGGUUGGUGCAGCAGCAGCGAGUGUGGUGGUCUGGGAAUGGGUAGAAAGGAUUGAAGCUUUGGAGAGAAAUGAAAAGAAGGACGGGGUUUUAGGGAGAGAAGUCUUUGAUGGCGACGAAAUGAUCGAUAUUACUCCUUCAUCGGAUGAGGUCUGGGCUCGGAGAAAUGCAAGGCGGAAAGAUGAUGAAGAGGAGGGAAGUGGAGGAGGGGCCACAACAAGCUCAAAUGGACGAGUAUGGCCUGGCAUGUCUAGCCUCGCAAAUCGUUAUAGGUCGCGCAUGGUUGCUCACCAUGACGAUGAAGGCAGUAUCCAUGGUCCUGAAAGACCACAGCAGGCAGCUAGACGAGUACCACGCCCUCGUCCCCCUCUUUGGCCAGGACGGCCUGCUCCAGCCGCAACGCCUAUUAGCAGAACCGAUACGGCCAGCGCUGAGAGUACGGUGUAUGCUGUUCGAUAUCACCCGAUUAGUGAAGCCACACCACCGAUCAGACCUGGAAUUUCGAGAAGUAGUAGUGCGGAUGCUAGUAAUGCGAUCAGUACGUAUGGAGAUUUGAACGACCAGGUUAGGAAGGACGUAGCAAUGGAGCAAAUGGAAGCAGGAUCUGAGGAAUCAACUGAGAAUCGUGUGGAAGCAUCAUGGCAGGCAUUAAACCCUUUCCGGAGGAAACUGCAAAACCCUCCACCGGAAGUUUCUGCUCAUGCGAUGAAGGUGCAGAACCCUACCAGCAUACACGGGUCUUCUGAUCGGUGGAAUGUUCGUGCGAAACUUGAAGGGUUCGUAGCAACCCAGGCCGAGAAGCUCCGUGAGAAAACUCGACCGGUUGUUGAUGCCGCUUCUCCUCCAGUCACAGUCAUCCCAGCCCCAGUUCGAAGACGGGAUUUGCAAGCUACACUGGAAGAACUUGAGAGUGCCGACAGGCAUGAACAGCCGCUCGCAAGUUCUACAGCUCCGAAGCCUUGGCCCAAGAGGACGUCACGUACACCGCCUGUUUCUGAUGAUCCAGAUCCUUCUCAGCGGUCACAUUCGCGAUCCCAGAGAUUGAGUGAUCCAUAUACACCAGAUGACCUCAGUCGACUUUCAACUCAUCAGCGAGGAACUGUGUCUUUCGUUUCGGCGGGCCAACAAGACAAGGAACGACUCGCCAGUAGUCGAAACAAGCCUACUUCGCCAGUGUCGCCAUCAUCUAUAAGAGCUGACUCGCGAGACAAGGCUGCAACUAUCAAUUCUCAGAGCAGCAACAACCUCGUUCGAACAGCUGCUUCGACAACUAGUUUACCGGUCCACAGCAUUCCAGCGCCCCCUCGAAAGCCAAGAUCGAAUGACGAAGAUUAG